GUUUUUCUGCCUGGAAAAUAAAGAAACCAAAACAGAAAUAGACCCAAGCAGACCACACGAGAGCAUGAAUACAAAGCUGCUGAAACCACGACACGACAACGACCUUAAAAAUCAUGAAGCCCCAUGACCCCAGUUUUCCUCGUCGGUCGGGACUAGACUCCCCGUCUUUGCUAAAGAACCAAAAGCAACACUCUGCCUCCCUUCUGUACGGCGACGCUGAGGUGGGUGCGUAUGGCGGCAAACCUUCUUCGACGACGGCCCUGGUCGAGGAGAAUGACAUCGCAGACACCUCUGCAAGCUCAAUCGACCGCGCAACUUUGCGGCAGCUAGUGGAGGGUGAUAUUUUUGCAGAGGUGGUCUUGACUUCCAGUGGUACAACUACCAGCGAACAAAAGAAGCUGCCGUCACUCGUCCAAAGGCAUUCGGACGUCGCAAGCAGAUUGAGCUACGCGGCCAGAAGGAGAACGCAAUUCUCUUGCGAUUCCUCGAUUCAAAUCGCAGAAUUCGAACAAGCUGCGACUAACAGCUGCUCGCGGACCAGCAACAUGAGUUUAAACCGCUGCAGCAAACUAAACUCUGGCCUGCUAUCCGGGAGUGGAUUCUCCGUCUCUUUGGCAGCUGGUGCUAGUGGUGGUAAUGCGAACCAGCCACAGAAGAAUCAGGGCUACCCGGUGGAGCACGCAAAGUACGUCCUGAAUCCGCCCAAUCAGAAGAAUCUCCGCACAAGUCAACAACAGCCGAAAUCCUCAAAGAUAUUGCACCAACAGCAUGGUGGUCAGGGAAACAACCACUCAGCAUAUGGAGAUCAACAGCAGGAGUUGUGUGACCCCUCGUGUAGAAGUGCUAGACACGAGAGCAAGGGACAUGGUCUUCAACCACGGACUGCUUCUUCAUCCAAGAGUUCGUACACGCCCCCGACCGGGUCCCUGUUCUGGGAAAACCUUUCUUUCGCGGUUCCGAUUCCGGGUUCGAAAACGAAGAAGAAGUUUCUGUUAAACAACUGCUAUGGGGAGCUGAUCCCAGGGCAGUUGACCGCGUUGGUCGGCCCAUCCGGCGCCGGGAAGUCGACGCUGCUAAACAUCUUGGCGGCAAGACAGGGGUGGACUGGGAAAACGGGACGAAUCUGUUUCGUUGAAAGUGCUGGUAAGACUACAAAUGCCGCUGGUCCUCCUGCUGGUGCAGAGAUCAUUAACAAGAGAACGAACAUCAAGGAAAUGGACUUCAACGACUUGCGUUCUACCGUCGCCUACGUGAUGCAGGAAGAUCAUUUGCUACCGACACAGACGGUGAAGGAAACGCUCAUGUUCGCUGCCCGGCUGAAAUUAACGAAGAAGCAGAAACAGGAACAUAAUCAAAAAAUGUUGACCCCCAGUUCAUCUGGAACCAAAUCACGAAGAAAAAUCUGCAAAAACCUCCUACUCACGGAAGCGGAAAUCGAGCAACGAGUCGAGGAAACGCUCACUGAUUUAGACCUCCAAGCGGUGAAAGACGUCGCGAUUGGCUCUGCGCUGAAAAAGGGUCUUUCCGGCGGCCAGAAGAAGCGUGUUUCCACUGCAAUAGAGCUGCUCGGCAGGCCAAAGUUGCUGUUUCUAGACGAGCCGACCAGUGGGUUGGAUUCGUUUUCUUCUCUUCGAUUGAUAACCAAAUUGCGGGAAAUCGCACAGAGGGACAAAGCGAUCAUUUGCUGCACGAUUCACCAUAUCAAAUGCAAAAAUGUCUGGGUCUGGAAGAUUAAAACUUGUCAUGCUAAAUCUGAAUGAUGCAAAAAUCUGUGUUGCGUGAGUACCAAAAGCUGUCCGCUUUUGACCAAGUUGAGUGGUUGUUUCUCAUGCAGGAACGGCAUGAUAAAGACCUCAAAGAAUCUGUCAUGCUAGGUCUCGCGGCAUUCCAGACCUCAUGACUCAUGCAAAACGUGCAUGACAAGUUUCAGAAUCUUCCAGACCCAGACAUAUUUGCAUUUGAUUCACCAACCCUCCAGUGAGCUUUUCGACAAUUUCGACCGCGUGCUUUGUCUCCGCGCGGGGGAGGUGCUUUUGGAAGGGUACAGCGGGAAGCGGGCGGCGGCGUUGCUGAGAGAUAAUGCGUACACUGCGACGUCGAAGUUCAAUUUUCAGUCCACUGAGCUGCAAUUAUCGCCAACCGCAUGUACGAGUCCAUUAGUCACCGCGUUCGCGUCUUCUCCGAAUGAGUUGAACCGAAAAACGGCGGCUUUGGGAGGGCUAGAAGAGGAAGAACAGCAAAUAACUGACGGAACAAAUAUUAAAGCGGUUGCGUUCUCCAUUGAAGGGAUGCCGCUGGGUCGGGAACAAGAAGAAGCUUCUACAGUAGAACAGGAUCGGGACGGAGGGAAUAACAAUGUCGAGAUGAAAAUAUUCUCUUCUACUGCUGAGGACGAGGAAGCGAGCAGGGAUGUUGAAGCCAAUGACCAUGUCGAGAUGAAGCUCCAACAAGAACAUCAUCCCAGCAACCUGCUCCACGAACUGGAGCUUUCCCGGGAACAAUUCUUCAAAAACAUGAACGCAGUGAGACUCCAAACCGUUUCCGGCUUUUUAGAACUCAUCGUCGGCCAGCCCAUUCCAGAAGGCUACGGCACCUGUGACUGGUUGCUCUACCUCGCGCAGUCUUUUUCCAACGAGGAAUUUCUGUUUGUCAGAGAAAACCACAAAGCGCUGUUUCUAGGGCUCCGGGGGAAAAAACACGAAAUAGAGCAGUCGUUGGAGGACGAACUACGGAGGUCCUCGAGGGAUUUGCUGGAAGAAAGUGUAGAAGUGCAACAACUACAACCAGGCGGACGAGAACAGCACAAAAAUGCCGAUGAAAGAACACCAGAUCUCCUCCAUCCUCUUAUCACCAACCUGAUAUUCGUCCAAAAUGAUGAGCAUGACGACCCGCGACCCGUGCGCGUGAGUGCGAAGGUGAACAAUCGCGGUAGUGGUGGGAGUUGUAGGAGACGAAAGACAAGACGUUCCUCGACCGAGGACAAAAAUGGCGGUGGGGGGAAGAGCAGCGACGGCGCACCGUCCUCCGACUACACUGACGACUCGUCAGACGAGAGCGAAGGGAACGAAUCUUCUGUGUGGUCGGAUAGUACUUCAUUCAGUUCCGACGACGAAACAAACAGAGCGGAAAAUAAGCUUUGCCAAGACAGCUCUAGUACUCAAGACAUCGCAGAGGAGAAAAAGGCGUUACUCCAAGCUGUAGCGGUAGAAGGGUUUGAUGCACAACUACGUCCGGGCUCCUCAGAAGUAGUCUCCACCAGAAGCUCCACCAAAAACGACGAGUCGAACGAGCCAAAAGCAGUGCAGGGCAAGAAACUUCUCGAAAACACCUCCGCAAGAAGCACAGCCUCCGUGGUUCGAGCAAAAAAUACAAAGGGCAAACUCUCAACAGGAAAAUCGCCAAUCACCCGCACCAGCGAAUUCAAUCUUCUCCUGCACCGCGAGUGGUCGCACAGAACCCGAGACGUGAAGGCGAUGGUGAGCAAGAUGCUGAUCCCUUCCAUCUCCGUCAUUAUCUACAGCUUGGCGUACGCGAAUGUUGCCCGGGAGCUCACUUUUGGCAUCAUGCGGACCUACGCGGACCCGAACAACCCCAAUUCCGAUUACUACGUGCACGGCGAGGGGGAAUUUCGGGCGAAAAUCCGGGAGUUGCACGGCCCGCUAGGCUAUCAACUGUAAAAAUGUCGGGGUCUGGAAGAUUGCAGGAGUUUGUCAUGCAGCUUUUCCAUGACCCAUGAGGUCUGGAAUGCCGGACCUAGCAUGACAGAUUCUGUGCGAUCUCUCUCAUGCCUAUCCUGCAUGAGAAACUCCCUCCCGACUUGGUCAAGAAAACUGGACGACUUUUGGUAAUCAUGCAACACAGAUUUUUGCAUGCUUCAGAUUUAGCAUGACAAGUUCCAAUCUUCCAGACCCAGACAUUUUUGCAUUUGAUAUAGGCCAAGUACAUCUAGUCGUGCUCAUGUCCGCUGCGCAGGCGUUGUUGAUGGGAAUCGCGGUGGAGCGGCCUAUUUUUAACCGGGAGUUCCAUUCGCAGCUGUACUCGGUGACGCCGUAUGUUAUGUCGAAGAUCUUCGUGGAGUCGAUUCUUAUCUUACUUCAGUCCGCGUGGUUGCUGUUUCUCCCCUACGUGUUCUGGGGGCUGUGCGCGAACUUCUUGCUACUGUGGGCGACCAUGGCGUUCAUGGGAUUUUGCGGCAUGGCGACGGGGCUGAUGCUUGCGACCAUGAACGUGAACGCGCCGGAAAGAGCGUUGCUGUGGGGACCGGUGUUUCUGACCGCGAUUCCGAGCUGUUUCUCAGGUAUUUAUCAUGGACUGACAAAUGUGGUGGUCCUGUGCGAGAAUUAUAUAUACCUUUAAUUUUACAUUCGAUCAAGAGACUAUAUAUGAAAAAAAAUGUUCAUCUUAUCAGGUUCGUACCGUCCGCUCGAGGACAUGCCGGCGUAUCUCUCCUGGAUGCAGUGGAUCACACCAAGCGGGUAUUUGAUCAAGCUCAUCAGCUAUGUGGAGUUCGCGGCUAUUUCGAAUUCGAUGGCGAAGCUGGUCGAGAGUAGUUCUAGCGAAACAAGAUCGGAUUUUCUCCCAUCAAACGCUCCGUACACUAUGGCGGAGAUUCAGGAUAUGUACACCGGCGCGUUGAGACGGUAUUGGGCGGGUAUGGAAGUGACGGACGAUUUGAAUUUUGUCAUCUUCAACUGGGUCUUUUGCUUCGUGCUGCUGUUGGCGUUUUUGGUUUCCUCUGUUCUGUUUCUGAAAGUCAACAGCAGGACGCUAUACUGAUCGACGAGAAAUUUUGCUUUUUCAUUUAGGCUACUUGAAUUUUCCGACUCCGACAAGUAUGGCUACACUAACCAUUAUUUGCUACGAAAAUUAUACAGCGCCGAUUUCGUUUUCGAUUUCGAUGUGAUUUUCGCUAAAAAAAAACUCAUGUAAUGUUGAACACCAAUUGUCGAUAUUUUUGUCAAACGCAAAGAAGAUAAUUCACACGAUUACAUGACACAGAUUGUCGAUUGCCAAACACAAUGAACGUGCUGCAGUAGUUUCGCAUCCUCCUCAGCGCAUCCUCCUACAUAAAGAGGCUUUGUCUCUUCAUCAAUGAUUUCCACGUUUCCAAAAUGCAAGGCGAACUGGUAAACUUCUUCCCGGUUUGAGAACCGCCUUUGGCCAGUAUUCCAAUGAAACUCAAAGAACAUUUUCUUUCCCAUGCUAUUCUACUGCAGAAAUUCCUUCGGUUUAU